CUUGUUGCUAGCUAAUCUCUGUGCAAUCGCUUGUAAUCAGUUAUGCUCAGUCAACACUCCUCCCCCCCAUUUUUUGCCCCGCCCCCCCCCCCCCAACCACCCACCCACCCACACAUUUUGGCUGUAGAACAAACUGCUCGGUGUCAUGAUGAUGAUGAUGAGUUUACCUGCAGUUAGACUUGUUUUGCAUUUUGUUUGCAUGCAGAGCAGACUUUACUUUUCACUUUUGUUGCAUAAGUUUUCUCAGUUCAGUUUCUCAGAAGACACACAAAAAAAAAUAACAUUAAAAAAAAAAGUUCCUUUUGUGGUUAAAAACAUGUGAAGUCAGCAGUUCCCUCUUCUCGUAUGUUAUAGUGACUUCCCACAUGCAGGCAGAUGUUGUUAGCGGACCAGAAGUCCUCACACUGGCUACCAUUAACCCUGUAGACUAGCGAACAUGGUGGUAGCUCUGUCAGGCUCUGUGUGUCCCUACAGUGUGUGUGUCUUGCUCUCCCUGUCACAGGUGGUGGCAGAGCUCAGUGUGUGAUUGGUUUUGAAAGGAGCGCCGCGCUGACAUUUUGAGCAGCCGGUGCAAACCGUGGACGCACAGUGCACAAUGCCCAAAGGCCUGGCCAGGGGCAGCCUGGUACCUGACCCGCAAGGUCAAUCUGUACGUAGGUGCUGCUCCUCGUCUGUCUACCUCUGGUGUCGCAGUUCCUCUUUUUUAUUUUAAUUUUAAUCCAUCUCAGUUCAUUAAACUGAUGGUUAAAAUAUCCCCUCUCCCCUCUCCUUCCUUUAUACCUUCCAACUGUCUCCCCAACCCCACCUCCACGCUCCUCCUCCUCCUCCGCCCCCUCUCCUUUCUUUAAAUUAGCUCCGUCUACCAUCCACACACACUAGCUUGUCUUUCUUUUCUUCCUGGGAUUUUUCUUACUUCUUUUUUUUUUUCUUUUUUCUGUCACCUGUAAAGUGUUUCCCUUGUAACACACAAUCAGUUACAAGAAAGAAGCUUAGCAGGCUGCAGCAACAUUUUAACAACCUCACUGUCAGUUUUCAUCAGCAUUAGUGUGCGGAAGUAGGCUCGUCCCAGGAGAACCGACAGUAAACGCCAUAUUGCGAUGGUCACAUACCAGAGAGGGUCGACGCUUCAGACUGUUUUUUUUUACUUCACAUUACAGCUACUCAACUAAUCUGCUAUGCUGUGAACUUUUCAACUGUUUUUGUCAAUAAUGUAAUCUGUUCCUAUAUCAUUAUAAUGAGAAAAUAAAUUUCCUCGCCCGCAAGGUCAAAUCAUAAUCUCACACUCGUUGCCCAACAGUUUAUCUAAUCAUGCUUGAAAGAGACUUUUCCUUGGGAUAAAGCCUACUUCUGCACAUGAUUGUAAUUUACACCAGUAACUCUGAGUCGCACAAAGGUUUUAUUGAAACUAUCAGCGCUUGUUUUGGUGCAGAGCAUCAUAAAUUCCUUAAACGAGAGUUGUUGCCUAAAACUUAUGUAACAACAAAGAGGUUAUUGAGGAGAAGACUCCAUAGAUUGGCCAACUUUUCCAUCUGCUGCUCUGUGGCGGCGUUUGGUUCGUUUAUAAUGAGCAGGAGGAGCCUGGCUGAGUUUGAGAUUGUCGUUAAAUGAUUUCAACAGGGAAAAGCGUGUUGUUGGUUUUCAGACCAAGGAGUGAAAAAAGGAUUUUAGAGAGGAAUAAAACUCUUGUUUCCGUCAGGAAAAUCAUGACUCUGCAUGCCGCCAAAGACUUAGUUCUCUAGACCAUUAACCGCAUGUGUUCAGCCGCAACUCUGCAACAUUUGGUUUAGUUUCUACCUAUCCAGCAGCGACAGAACCAAAGAGUCUUCCGACUGUCACGUCUCCCUAAAACAGACACUACAGAUUCAGACCAUGUCUGCCUUCCACAGAUGAUCACUUUUUACAGUGCGUGCGCGUGUGUGUGUGUACAGCGUGCGUGUGUGCGUGUCUGUGUGCGUGUAUGCAUAUGUAUUCUCUGCCAGAGGUUUCAACCCUUUGGCCAUAAAAUAUUCUUUUCUCUUGCAGUAUCUGUCUCUCUUCGUAGGCUUCUGCCGGAGAUGCGAGCCUAUUGUAAACACAGUGAUCUAAAACUGAAAGGGGAAACCAGUGGAGUAACUUUAUGUUACCUUAAGGUGUUCCUAUGGAACAUGGAUAAAUACACGUUGAUCCGGAAGCUGGAGGGCCACCACAAUGACGUGGUGUCCUGCGAGUUCUCGCCAGACGGGGCGCUGUUGGCCACCGCCUCGUACGACACCCGGGUCAUUGUGUGGGACCACCACAAGGCCACCAUCCUGCUGGAACUCGGUCAUCUCUUCCCUCCUCCUUCUCCCAUUUUCGCUGGUGGCUCGAAUGACCGCUGGGUUCGCUCCGUGAGCUUCUGCCCCGACGGCCGCCACAUUGCCAGCGUUACUGAUGACCGGCUGGUUCGCUUCUGGAGCAUCGAGGAGCGAGCUCCUCAGGCCAUCGCCCCGCUCUCCAACGGCCUGUGCUGUGCCUUCUCGGCGGAGGGGAGCGUCCUUGCUGCUGGGACCCGAGACGGCAGCGUGCACUUCUGGGAGUGUCCUCGUAGCAUCGCCAGCCUGCAGCACAUGUGCAGGAUGGCCCUCCGGCGGGUGACGACCACCCAGCAGGUGGAGGCCCUCGCCAUCCCCACGCCGCUCCGCGACUAUCUGACCUACAAGGUCAUGUAGCCGCUCGGAGCUGCCGACCCCCAGCUCUGCUUUUCUAUUGAAAAACAGCUUCCCACAGAACUCUGAAUAAACGGCGAUCAGGACCGGAGGAAAGGAGAAAAGUUUCACUACAACCCCGAUUCACACCUGUUAUUUUGACGUAUUUAUUUUUGUACGUGCCGAGGAGGGCGGCACCUGUCAGGUCAAGUCUGCCGCCGCGCCCCUCUGCCUCCUCCUCCUCCUUCUCCUCUGCGUAUGUGCUGCCUGUCAGUGUUCGGCUGCUCUUCCAGCUGCAACUCUUCAUCCUCCUCCUGCUCCUCUCACUUGAAUUCGCUGUUGCACUUACCGAAGGGCCUCUGCGCCGCCGCUUGCUCCUCACGCCCGUUCAUUCUGCUGAGUUGCGGGGGAGGGGAGGUGAGGGCAUGAGACUGGCAGGAUCGAGCCUCCGAUCUGAGACUACUGAUUCUCUGGACUGAAAGUAUCAAAAAAAAAAAAAAAACUUCAUUGCUGUUCCAAACCAUGCAGUUUAAGAUCCAUUCUUGGGGUUUGGAUCUUCUUUUUUGUUUUUUUUAAGCAGUAUUUGCACCACCGCAGCACACUCACUCACUGAAGGCUCCCAGGCGGUGUGCAGCCUGUCGAUUCGGCCUCCAUGAUUCUGAAAAUCAGUAGCAAGUAUUGUUGGAUCAACGUGUUGGCGUCUCACACAAAUGAGAAAUUUUAAUCUAACUACAGAGAAACAAUUUGACACUUUAGUUUAGCGAGCAUUAUCAGUCUGCCAGUACAGGAGAGGCGGGGCUUAAAGCUUAACCAGUCACCAGGCGACGACCUUGACAUGUUUUUAACAAGCUGCUUCACUUUGCCAAUCUGCCGACAAGCUAACUAACCGCAGUUUUCUAGAAAAUGCAUGAAGUAUGUGCUUAUCGUGGAAUAACAUGGAGAGGCCGCGGCGCUGACGAGCCGCCGGCGAGCGCAGCUGCUGCAGAUCGCCUGAGUUCGCCUCUGUGAGUGAGUGUUCGCUCUGCCUGACGGCAGAAAGAAAAACCUUAAGAGCAGUGUUCAUUUUCACAAAGCACCUCUGCCACUUAAAUCUAUUUUAGCGUGUACAAAAAAACCUGCUACCCAGAAUUCCAUGUGAUUAUUCGUGUACAUACAAAAAAUGUUGAUAGACAUAUCAAAGAUGAAGCUUUUUACCGCUUUAUUUUUCUUUUUUCUUUUUUUUUUCUUUUGUAUUUCUUAUGUUAAAUAUUUCUACUUUUGUAUUUUAUUCUUUUGUUUUCCUUUAAAUGUGAAAAAGUUGAUAAAAACAAACACACACGUCUUACUGCAAACUGGCCGGAACGAAGAGGCGCACACGUCACGGAGCGGCCAAUCACGGGCCGCCGUCUCUCUCACCCCGUGUGUCCUUUGUUUGCGAGCGGAUGGAAAGAAGGGAAUGUGUCGGAGGAGACAGAGCGCAGAGCAGCUGUCAAUCAUUCUCGGCAAUAAGUCCAGAAUAAGGCCAAAGGUUUUUCUUCUCUCGGAUAGUGUAGUGAAGUCGGUUCGAGGUGUGAAAGCAUCCAUGAUGUAUGUGUGUGUGUGUGUAACCUGUUAACGUUGUGAUUGGACGAACACAGCGCUGCCUCAGUGAGGUGCAGUAAGAAGCCGUAAAUAUAUCACAUGUAUAUGAAUGUAUACAGCAAUCUUCCUGUAAUGGUUUUUGUGUGUGUUUAUAGUUUCAAUAAACCUUUUUGA